AUGUCGGGACUGCCACCGCAGGAACGAUUUCAUUACCUAGAACCUUCGCGGAGGUCUACUGUUCAAACUGUAGACGAGCAAAACGGAGGUUACGAUUCUGAGAGCGACACAUCAAUCCGACACAAGAACUCAAAGAAUACACCAAGCCGUUUUCUUGAAUCUUAUAAUAAUGACUAUGACCGAUCUUCGCGAAGUCAUGGUCAUCGUUCGUCGCGUCGUCGGGAUCAAGGGCACGGCCAUACCCGCUCCAUUCAUGCUCCAUCCUCUGCUGCUUACCCUCCUGCAUCUGCUACGGUUCAGUACUCACCUUGUGACGGCCAGGCCAUCACCUACAUGGAGCCUCGUGGCGGACAGCUUCGUCCUUACUAUAAUCCCACGACACCCCACAAUCCUGUGCAUGCUUCACCCGUCGCUGCUAAUGGUGGGCCUUCAUACCAUGCGUAUUAUGCAUCGAAUCCCCCUUUUCCGAAUUCCGCGUAUUCUGUGAAUUCAUAUCCAGCUAUGUCUCAUCACACUUAUUUACAUGACGAAAACCAUCCGCAUCCCGCUGGUGCUUACUAUGCUGGUGAUCAUCAGCACCACCACCUUCGCACUGGAAAAAUGCAACCAUCUGAUAAUAUCGGUUAUAUGCAACAAACUAGCUCUCAUAAUCCCCUAUCAAACCCAGGAUACGGAUCAUCUAUUCCUGACAUCAAUGAAGCCGAAAAAACGAGGAGAGAUCUGGAGACAUUCAAACGGAACCAUACUACCGACCAUCGGCAACGGGCGAGGGAAAGGGAAAGGGACAAAGAGAGGGAAAUAGAAAAGAAAGAGGAAGAAAAGAGGAAUGUCAAAAGAGAAGAGAAAGCACGAGCAAAAAGGGACAAGGAAGAAGCAGACAAAAUGAAAGAACGUAUUACACAAUUAAGACAACAGAUGGCCGAAGUCCAAGCCACAAUGUAUCAAGAAAAGCAGAGGAGAGAAAUAAGAGAUAGGGAGGAACUGCUGGAUAAUAAAAGGGUUGCGUUUGAAAAUUUAUUCAGAGAUUCUAGUCACACGUUGAGCACCCCGGCAAAUAUGCAAUUCGACCAGAAAGACCCACGGGGACUUCAGGGGACAGAGCAAAUGCUCCAGCAAAUUGUCGGUUACUUAGAGCGGCUGUGGGGAGAACCCAAUAUUCCCCAGAGUGACUUUGAAAGACUACUGCCAAGAGAGAUUCUUGCACGUCGGCCUUCAAUGGAUACGGACCGCAGUGGAACUGGGCAUCAAGUGUUGGAUAUGAAUCUUCAACGCCAAGUCGAAGAAAUAACGAUGAACUUCCUGCAUAAGUUCCGAGGUGUUCCUAACCCUCUGCUGGCGCUGCGACAAGGAAGCAGUGCAUCAGACUACAAUCGUAGUGCCCCUUUCGAUGUAUCCGAUCACGCAGCUAACACUUCGAAGGUUGGGUCAUCCUCAAGUCGGACUGCUGUUAAUACUAAUCCCGGUAUUGGAGAUCCUAUGUCGCCCAAAAGCAGUGAGUUUCAAAGUCAUCUUCGACCCCCGGAAACUACGUGGAAGAAAUAUCAUCAAACGCCCAAAUCACGAAACUCUAAUCCUCCGCAAAAGCCUUCAUCUAAGCCCAAAGAAAAUCGCGGUCGAAGACCGCCGGUCUCAGAAAAUUUGUUGAAAUCCGAUGAUGAUAGUAGUGACGGUGACCUAGACGAGUUCGACGAAAGUACAGACGAAAAUACAGACAACGAUGACGACUACGACAGCUCUUCGUCUGAAAUGGAAGAACCAAGAAGGCACACUAGGCGGAAGGAAGAACAAGGCCAGAAGCCGAAAAGAGAAGGUCGAUUUUCUAGGAAACCAACCAAACCCAAACAGCAACGUGGGAAGCACAGACAUCGGGGGCACGCCGCCUAUGCAGAAGAUGAAACGGAAGAAGAUCAAGACAAAUGGAGGAAAGAGAAACUUUCAAGAUACGCCUAUGUUCCUCCUCCAGCACCCAAUCCUCCUGGUAAUGAAACAUACAGCAAAAAUCCACUACAAAGCGAACAUUACCAAAGAAUCCAUUAA